GGGGGGCUUGGCGACUUUUCUCGUCAGUUUUCUGAAGUGCUUUGGAGAGAGGACUAUGGCAGCCAGGGACGCCACUUCAGGCAGCUUGUCAGAGGAGAGCAGUGCUUUGGACCUGCCAUCAGUGUGUGCCAUAAGAGAUUAUGUCCUGCAGAGACCCAGCCAAGAAGCCAACAGCGAGGCUUUCAGUUCUUUGGAAUUCCAUUCUCUUCCUUGUUCUUCUGAUGUGGAUCCAGAUACCAGUAACCUAAAUACAGAACACAGUAACUCCUGGGCCUCGGAGAACUUCUGGCUUGACCCGGCUGUGAAAGGCCAGUCAGAGAAGGAAGAGGAUGAUGAGCUUCGGAAAUCCCUGGAUAGAUUCUAUGAAAUGUUUGGCCAUCCACAGCCAGGCUCUGCGAACCCACUCUCUGCAUCUGUCUGCAAGUGCCUGUCUCAGAAAAUCACUCAACUAAGAGGCCAGGAGAGCCAAAAGUAUGCUCUCCGCAGUUUUCAAAUGGCCCGGGUCAUCUUCAACCGGGACGGCUGCUCAGUCUUACAGAGGCAUUCCAAGGACACCCACUUCUAUCCACUGGAGGAAGGAAGUACAUCUUUGAAUGAUGAAAAGCCAAACCCAGGACUGUCAAAAGAUAUUAUUCAUUUCCUCUUGCAGCAGAAUGUAAUGAAAGACCUGUAACUGGUGCCGGGCGGUGUGCAGGCUAGUAAUGGUAGUGCUGCUCCAUGGCCAGCACUGUUGGUGGCCACCCAGAUCCCCUAGGGUCUCUGGCCAGCUCUGUGUGCCCAAUCCCAAUUAAGUGCUUUGUGGUUAAAGGCUGGCACCUGUGACCUGGUAUUGGAGCCAGUCAGCCCAUAUGGAGAGCCAGCAGGGUCUGGGAGUUCUCUGUCCCCAUGGUCACCCCACCCA